AUGGCCAAGAACCCCACAUCACGGAGGAGCACUCCAGCUGACAAGGCCGAGAAAGCAGCGGUGGCACCUCGGCCUCUGGAGAAACUGGAGGACCAUGCUGACCAGAUGUGCCGUAUCUGCCACGAUGAGGCUGACCUGGAGAAUGGGCCCCUGUUGCAACCCUGCCGCUGCAAGGGAACAAUAGCGUUCGUUCACAAGUGCUGCCUCGAGGACAGCCUGCGUGUGUGGGGCGACAUGUGCACAGUCUGCUGCACACGCAUCGAGAUGCCUUUUGAGCGAGCGCCACUCUGGCGUUCCUUCCGCGACUUCGUCAACUGGGAAGAAAUGCUGUGCUUUACCACUGAAUGCUUCGUGAUGGCAAUUGCGAUGCUCUUUUUGGCCAUCGUCGUGGGUGCGCCAGGCUGGAUCGCCGUUAUGCUUGUCUUCGCCGUACUCUUCCUCAUCCUCUCGACCUGCAGUAUGAUCAUCGCUGCAGAUAAAUGA